AUGCCUCCCCAGCGUACCAUUCCGCCUGCAAAGGCUUUGAAGACUGAACGGACCCAUGAGGAAAAUCAAGAGCGUGCCUACAUUGCCGCCUCCAGGAGAAGUGACCGCAGUCUUGAGGCUAGGGUCGAGUCGGCACGACGAGCCUCGGAGAUUCACAAGAGACGCACCGGUCGUUCACUACGAGUCACCGAACAAGAUGUGGUCAACGAGGAGAUGUAUGAAGAGGAAGAUGAUGACCUACCCAUGCAGUACCGACGACUUACCGCCCACCUGCAAACUGGAUCAGCCGACUUUAAUCGACGCCUGUCGGCAUAUCUCACAAACCAUGUCGCCAUGAGGUCUGCUUUGGAUCAGGCCAUCACGAACUCAUACGCCCAGCAAUACCCCAACGCUCCACAAUUCGCGCAUAAUCAGAACAUAUAUCCUUCUCCAUUCAUGGCCCACAAGAUGCCUCAGCAGCAAUCACCAUCAUUCGCUCAGCCAUAUCCCACACCAGGAACACCUGGUUACCGACCUAGCCAUCAAGCACGCUCAGCCUCCGGUUCCCAUGGUACCCCAACCUAUUCCCCGAACAUCCCUGCACCGAGUCCGAUCCAGGCUGUACCCCAGAUGGAUCGUCGUCGUACAUCAGCAUCAUCCAAGUCAUCGUCGCACUCGCCAACGGGGCAACCAGUGACACCACAGUCCAUGCAUGCAAUGCCUGCGCUUCCCCAAACAUCAUCCACGUCCAACGUGAAACAAGAAGGUCAGACCUCACAGCAGAUGAGGGCGCCCCAACAGCCUUCCCCAGUGCAACGACAGCACUCAUUCGGUGCGAUGAAUGGAUUUUCCAAUAUGAGCCCUUUCACUACAUCGCUUCCGACCGAAGCACAAAUGCUCUUAGGACCGGCCUUGGAUCCUAAUGAUUCAUUUACAUCCAUGUUGAUGGCUGGAAGCGAAACCCUGCCACAGUCGUACAAUUACAACACGACUCCAUCUACCUUUCAGAAGCCGCGAAGCUUCAAUCAGUCAUAUGAUGGCAUGAGCGCCACGCUCGCACCGAGUGCUCUGGACAUGUCACCUCGCCAUCAAAUCUACGCUCAGCCAUCUACGACAAUAUCUGCAUCGCCAGCACCGUCGCCAGCAUUUCAGCUUCCCUACGAUGCUUCACUCCAUGACUUCUCAAAGUGUCAGAUGUAUGCCGGUGGGAACAGCGCAUCUGGCAGCGGCACAGUCACCCCUGUCGGUAUCGACGGAGGCUGGGAUGCUUUCAUCAACGACACAUCGUGGACUGAGAAUACCACCUAA